CCAGUCGUAGGCCCAACAAGGCUACCCGACGCCCUUCCCGCCAUAGAUCCCUUCCACGAUACGGAGAAGAAAAGAGAGAGAAGGUACAAUUGGAAUUGCAGUUGCAUCGCGAGAAAAAAUGGAGUUCAGUCUGAGCGGGAAUGCACUCAAGACCUUCGCUCGCUCUAUCACGUGCCUCGCACGCAUCGGGAACGAGCUUGUCCUUCAGGCCUCUCCUUCUCAGCUCACUCUUCAUACUCUUAACUCGUCGAGGUCAGCAUAUCAAUAUAUAACAUUAAGGCCCCAUUUCUUUGAUGUAUUCAGAAUAUCAGGUGGCCAGAUGCAAUGCAGCGUGCUUUUGAAGGCAAUCUGUUCUGUUCUAAGAACACCCAUUGUCAGCAUCGAUCAUUUGAGCAUGCUUUUGCCUGAUCCUGAUGCAUCGAAGGUGCAGUGGACUUUGGACUGUGUUAAUGGUAUGAAAAAAUCCUAUUGGAUUACUUGCAAUGUUGAACCUGACAUACAACAACUAUCACUUGAUCGGAGAAAGCUUCCCAGCAACUUCGUAGUAAGGCCUCGUGAUCUUAGCAGAUUAUUAGCUAAUUUUCAGUCAACCCUUCAGGAGAUCACGUUCAUUGCGACCCAGCCUUCUUCCUUACCUCUUGAUGCUGCAAAUGAAAUUGGCGGGAAAGCUGUUGAACUCAGAAGUUACAUAGACCCUACCAAAGACAAUGAUUCAACACUUCACACACAGUUGUGGAUAGAUCCUGCUGAAGAGUUUGUGCAGUAUACUCACUCUGGGGAUCCUGUAGAUGUAACAUUUGGAGUGAAAGAGUUGAAGGCAUUUCUUGCAUUCUGUGAAGGAUGUGAAGUUGACAUACACUUAUAUUUUGAUAAAGCUGGCGAGCCAAUCCUGAUGGCACCGAAAUUUGGGUUUGAUGAUGGUUCUAAUUCAAACUUUGAUGCUGCCCUAGUGCUUGCAACUAUGCUGGUGUCACAGCUCAAUGGUGUGAAUUCUACUGCACCUGCAGCAGCAGCAGCCACUGCUUCUCAUGGAACAGAGGCCCCAGUACAGGAUAGAUCAAAAGGAAAUGUUUCUGAGCAUCCAUCCGAUCACACCAGAAUAUGGUCUGAACUCUCAGGAAGUGCCACAAGAAGUGGUAAUGGUGCUGAAGAUAGGCAUGUUCCAGGGGAAAGAAAUCGAAGUACCAAUGAGCAGAGGACGACUCAGGGGAUUGGGGCAAUGCACAUUUCGAAAGAUGGAUAUGCUGCUGGAAUGCCUGGGGGUCAUAGUGACUGCCAUGCCAUGCAAAUGGAUAAUGGUCAACAGCCUCGAGAUGGGGCAGAACUAAAUGGUCAUGUUAUCUCACAACGUCAUCCAAGUAACUGGGUGGAUGCUGAUGAGGAAGAUGAUGAAGGGGAUGAGACUGACUUAUGCGUGCGCUCAACGCCUCCAUACUAUGAGGAAUGAUGGCUAUUUUGGAUUUUAUGCUUUGUUCGUUAAGAGAGUGGACUGGGUACUGGUUUCUCUUGCGAACUGAUAAUACGAGUUGGGCAAAUCUGCUAUACUGGAAAAGUUUUCUGAAAUACAUUAAUGUGAGAUAUCUAGGAGAAGGUUACCCGAUAUCAAAGUCUCUGGCCAUUAGUUCCCAGGGUUUUUCGGGUGGAUGAUGCAGUGCAUAUAAGCGGAAGUUGUAAGGUUUGAUUGAAUGUUUCAAAUCUGGACUGAAUUUCAGCAUUAUCCGUACUGCUUGCUCUCAUCGUCAAAGUUCGUUUCUUUGUGAAGUUGCUUAAUGUAGAAGAAGAAAUACCGGAAUUCAAACUGUAAUACUUUUUAUUGAUGAUUUCGCAAAACACAAAUUUUACAAGUGAUAAAAUGUUUAGCAACAUGGAUUGGAGUCUAUUAUUAUAGAAGAAAGAGAUGAGUUUUAAAUUUUCA